UAUGUCGUUACACCACAAUGAGAAGUCCGCCAUAUUCAGUUGCAACUACUACUAGAUCUAGGACCUAAGGAUCUAUUGUGAAAGAUAUUUUGACGUGAAAGUGUGCACUUUAAAACAAAAUCUUGACAUGUUGUGAUCGAAAAUAUUGUUUGACAAGUCUUUUGUCGACGAGUUGUUUUUUAAGCAAUCAUGGGGGAUGACAACCCUGACCAGAAGCACUACCCAGGUAUAACAUCUCCAAUCAGUUUGGACAAACCCAAGCCUCUGGACCUCAAGUUGUCUGCGAAGCUGGAAGAGAGCAUGCGACCAUAUGGAGUGUUUGAAAGUGAUGAGCAGUUGGCGCACAGAAUGGAUGUUUUACACAAGAUCAAUAACAUUGUUAGGGAAUGGAUCAAAGAAGUUAGCAGACAGAAGAGCAACAUUCCUGAGAGCAAGAUAGACACUUUUGGUGGAAAAGUCUGCACUUUCGGAUCAUAUAGACUAGGAGUACACACAAAAGGUGGGGAUAUAGAUACCUUAUGUGUGGCCCCCAGACAUGUGGAACGAUCAGAUUUCUUUUCUUCAUUCUAUGAACUGCUGAAACAGCAGGAAGAAGUGAAGGAUUUGCGGGCGGUGGAGGAAGCGUUUGUGCCCGUGAUAAAAAUGGUGUUUGAUGGAAUUGAGCUUGAUAUGUUGUUUGCACGGCUAGCUCUGCCACAGAUACCAGAAGAUAUUGACUUGCGAGAUGAAGCAUUGCUAAAAAACCUGUCAGAAAAAUGUGUUAGAAGUCUUAAUGGUUGUCGAGUGACUGAUGAGAUACUUCAUCUGGUACCCAACAAAGAAAGCUUCAGAAUGACUCUUCGGGCUGUAAAGUUAUGGGCAAAAAAGAGAGGUAUCUACUCCAAUGCACUAGGAUUUCUUGGUGGAGUGUCAUGGGCCAUGUUGGUUGCACGAGUGUGUCAGCUUUACCCUUAUGCUGCCCCGGCUACACUGCUUCACAAGUUUUUCAUGGUCUUCUACAAAUGGGACUGGCCUCAACCAAUCUUAUUGAAGCCCCUUCAAACAGAUAAUCGGUUGAGCUUUCCUGUCUGGGAUCCCAGGGUAAAUCCUUCAGACCGUUUUCACCUUAUGCCUAUCAUCACCCCAGCUUAUCCUCAACAGAAUUCCACGUUUAAUGUGUCUUUAAGUACCCGAACGAUAAUGAUGGAAGAGUUCAAACGAGGUCUCGAUGUUGUCACCAAAUUAUAUGAGGUUAAGGACGACUGGAAUAAACUAUUUGAACCUAGUAACUUUUUCAUCAAAUACAAACACUACAUUGUAUUGAUCGUGUCCGCAGAGGAGGAAACAUCAUACUUAGAAUGGCACGGUUAUGUGGAGUCAAAGAUCAGACUUUUAGUUGGCAAUCUGGAACGAAAUCCAUUCAUCAAAAUAGCUCAUGUGAUGCCAGAAUCCCUUGGACCCCUCAAUGAAAAUGACGGUCAGUACAUGUGUAAAUGGUUUAUUGGACUCACCUUCAAUGAGGUGAAAAAUCAAAACAUUGAUCUCACAUACGAUAUUCAGCCUUUCACAGCAACAGUACACAGACAAGCUGUCCAUAUCAAGUUGAUGAAGCAAGACAUGAAAAUAGAAAUCAAGCAUGUCAAGCGGAAACAACUGGUUCAGUAUGUACCCACAGAAUUGCUGCAGAGAGGAAAAUCUUCUGAACCAAGAAAAAGGGAGAAUCGUCCAAGCAUAGAAAGCAGUGGUAAGCCUUGCGAGCAGUCUCAGGGCCUGUCUCACAGCAAGUCUGAUACGGAGCUCCUCCGCUCUGACACCAUCACAGUGGACAUUCAGGAUGACUCAAGUCGAGAUUCACGAAGCGGCACACCCACACAGGACAAUCCAAGCAAAGACACCACAUGCGCAAACGGGGAGGCUGAACCUGCUUCUCCCACCACAGACAUGAUCAUGCAGAGUCCGGUUUGUGUCUCCAAACAGGAUAACUCCAAUCAAGAAGACAACAGUCCAAUAAAACGUUCAGGUUCUGAUGAAGACUCGCAGAAUGUGCUAGGAUCUCCAAUGCAUGUUGACUCAUUUGGACAGAGUCCCAGUCGAAAACGUGAGGGCUCUCCAGUACGGCCUGACAGUCCAGUCAAAAGGUCCAAGUCUAUAGAAGAAUCCCCAGCAAAUCAGAAUGCUGCAGAAAGCCCAAUGGACGGUGUGAAGGAAGGAGAAGGUAGAGACAGGACAACAGAUAUUGCCAGCAAUCAGCGGAACGUGAAGCGACUUCCUAGUACAGAUGUACCUGACCUGAUGAGUCCACAGACAACGCAUACUCAAGCAGUCAAUGUGACACGCAAAUGCAUUCGUCUCAAACUCAAGUGACAACGUGGAGAGGAGUCAUAAUCCCUAGGACCUUCAGCAAGACUAUAUCUCUAGAGAACAACAACAUUGUACUAGGGUGUGGAGGAACUUGUCGUAUACCUUGUGAAUAAUUGUGGAAGAUUCAUAUCAGAAAGUCUAUUUGGCAAAUCAGUCUUGAUGAAUUUAUGUCAGAACAAUUAUAUCUGAUAAAUAAAUGUCAAAGAUCAUGUCAGAAUGAACUUCUUAGAAAUUGUUGUCGAGGAAUCGUAUCAUAGGUUUCAUGCAGUGGAACACCAUGGUAUUCAAAUCAGAACAACUGCAAAGGAAUGAAGAAGCAAUGGAGAGUAAAUGGGUUGUUAAACACGGAGAACCUUCGCUGGAACGACACAAUAUUCCUCUUACCGUGUUAUUUGUGAAUUGACUUCGACAUACAUAGGGAAAGCACAAUCUUACAAUUCCAUAGUGAACAAUUACGGAGCAAUUUGACAUCCUUUUGGGUAAAUGUCCUGACAGACAUGCAAAAUAUUGAUAGUGUGUGAGCUUCAUGAGUAGAAACUUUAUCUAAGGACACAAACCACUUGUAACUUUUAGGAUUCCCAUGUGUAAAGUAAUCGGUGAAAGUUCUACCUCCCAUUGCAAACAAAUAUUGGUAAAAACAACCCAAGUGUCGGAUAUUCAAACCAUAGGUUUGAACCAUAGAUUGUAAUCUAGAUAGAUUACAAUGCAUAACCUAUCUAGGAAGCAUCAGUUAGCAAUGUUUUAGGUCAGGUCAGGCUUGCUUAGGAUUUAAAUGUUGCAUGAAUAUGAUAUAGCUCAUCUAGAUCAGUGCAUGUUUUUCACCCUAUUUCAUCUUUCUCAGGUACAGAGGGAACAAAAAUGACAUAAUGAUCAGAGUGCUGUUAUAGGCCAACCACAUGCUCAUUAAAACCAUUUAUUACCAAUUUUUUCAUAAUAUGUAACAAACAAUUAUGAGAUGGGAUUAAAUAGUUAUUUAAACAGUAUGAAAUUCUAUUAAUUUCAUUUUGUAGAAGACACAGUUGCUGAUUGUUAUGUCUGGCCAAGAGGUGGAGACAUAAAGCAUUACCCUUGGGACACAGAUGUACAUAGUAAGUUUUGGUGUAUCACUGGUAAUCAGUCCUGUUCUCUAAGGGUGAAAUGAAAUUAUCAAGUCGGAUGAAAUGAUAUAAGGUCUGGUGAUUGAGUGCAGCGCUUGUAAUAUGGAAGUCCAGGAACUGACACCAAUGUCCUUCAUUUUAAGUUCACCUGCCCGAAGGGCGAUUGAGCUUAAACCAUGGCGCAUCGUCCGUUCAUCCGUUAGUCAACUUUUUGUUUAAACGACUUCUUCUGAAGUUCCGAAAGUCCUAUAUCUUGAUAUUUGGCCAGUAGUUUCCUCGGAUAGUUCAGACAAAGUUUGCAAAUGAAAAUGACAUUGGCCUACUUUCAAGGUCACCAGGGUCAAAUACCGGUAGGUCUAAAUCUUCAAACAACUUCUUCUGAAUAUCUGAAAGGCCUAGAGUGUCAAGUACUAUUCCUAUUCCCUGACCAGCACCUGUGUUUGAGUUCCAUAACAUUUGCACAUGAAUAUGCCCUUAACCUGCCUAUACUUUCAAGGUCACAAGGGUCAAAUAACUGUAAACUUUCAACUGCUUCUGUAUAUACCAUCAAACUAACUUCACAAUAUUUAGCCAACAACUCUAUGUAACAAAACAAACAGGUGAGCGAUACAGGCCCUUCUUGGCCUCUUAUUGUUUAUCUCUGUAAAGUUCUGUUGAAUUGAGCUACUGUAACUUGAACAACUCUCCCAUAAAGUUGGAAGAUGUCACAUGAGAUAUACAUUAAAUUAUCAACCUAUGCUAUAGUUAUGCAUAUUAACACAGCAAUGGCUUUAAUAAUGAAGCUUACUCAUUUCUCACCUUUUAUUAGAACCUGUGAGCUUAAGCUGUGGAGUGUUGUUGGUAAUCCGUCGUCUAUUCAUCAGCUUUUUCAUUUAAAACACUGAAGGUCCUGAAUGGCUUUGUGGAUUUUGACUUCAUUUGACCUGAAGCAUCAUUUGGCAAGGGGGACUGAAUGUUGUGUUAACAGAGGUUGUGGCUUGGGGCAGAGGGUCACAUAUUAACCAAAUCUGGUCUAAAGCAUACCUGGGCAAAGGAGACUCAAUUUUGUAUAAACAGAGGUUGUAACUCCCCUUGGGGUAGAAGGGCAGUGCCCAAUAGGGUAAAUGGAAGUAAAACUUUACAAUGUUGUCUUCUGUAUGGUCUAGAGCAUCCUUUGGCAAAGGGGAUACAAUUCUAGCCCACCAUUUCUGAUGAUGGUGGGCUAAUCGCCCUUCAUCUGUGGUCCAUUGUCUGUCCUUAGACAAUACUUAUUUCACUAUUGUUAUAAGUGUGAUAUAUAGGCCCCCCUUGGCAGGCGUAAAAGAAGGUAAUUUGUCCAUAUUGCGUUUAGCAUCCCCUUCUCUGGAAAUAAAAGAUGGAUUGCUCUGGGGACCCAUAGACUUUGUCAGUUGGUCAUAAUUUUGAAAUGGUCAAGAUCCCCACCCCAUAACCACAUUUACAACCGCUGAGCAUAAAGAUAAGAACACAGUGUUUGUAUUGGAACUGAGCCCUGGGAUCUGGCCACCCCCGUAAGGACUUAAUUCCUUUAUUAUAACUUGGAAACAGUUCAAAUCACCACCCCAUAACCAUAAAUACAAUUGUUGGGCUUAAAAUGACAAACAAAAUUAUUCUGCCAGGGUCUGCCUUCCUGUCCAAAGUAACUAAGUCCUGGAGUCACUGGAAGCAUUUGAGAUGAUCAUUGGGUAUAAAUACAGGUACAACAGCUGAGCCUAAAUAUUUGGAUACACAAAUGCUGCCAGGGAUUUCUCUGGGCCUGGCCCUAUUCUUAGGAUGUUAUUUGCCAUACUACAUUUAAUGACAUUAUUGCCAUGAUUGUCCAAAUUAUCCAGUUGAACGAUAAAGGCCAGUGGGCCUCUUUUAAUUAGAUUAUAUAUGAAAAUUGGAAUUAAUGUGCAAUGAAAAUAAAGAUUGCUUUGUGUUUAUUUCAACAUUAACCCUUUUUGACAGGGUGUUAUUUACAGUUCAGAUGUAUAAGUUAUGUUGGUAAUAGGUAAAAACAGGUCAAAUGAAGUUUUAGAUUUCACAUACAUUGAUUGUUUUGUAUUGCUUUAAAUAACGCCAUUGAAGGUAGGUCCUCCCUCAAUGAUUUGUGUGAAAGCAUCAUUUUAAUUCUGCACUUUGUUCGAAUAAUGUCCGAGAAUUAAGGAAAACAAAUAAAACACAUGGCUACUCAAAUUGCUUUCAUGAACUAGGGUAUCAGAAAAUUAAAUCCUCAAGUUCCAUCACUUUAAAAGAAAAAUGACUUACCUGAAAGCCAAAGAAAUGUGCCUUAUAAUUUUCUGUAAAUAUGAUACAUUCCUUCAUCAAAUUUUAGUUCCAAAAGCAUUUUCAGGCCAGAGAGGACUAAAAUGAUUUAUAUUUUAGUGAUAUCUAAUCCAUUAAGAUGUUAUGUAAAAAUAUGUUUUGUAGUUUGUGUACAUUGAAGACUUCCUAGACAAUAAAAAACAUUGUAAUUAUUUCUA